AUGAGCAGCAACGGGGAAAAAAAGGAGAACGGUGCCUCGCUUGUAGUCACCUCGACGAAGCAACAACAAAACGAGGAGGACGAGGAGAACAACACUAACGAACAUUUAAUGCAUGCAAAAACAAGACGAACGUUAACGUUCGGGAAACUGGUACUUUUCGCGUUCUCUUCCGUCGCGGGCGGGCCGUACGGGUUUGAAGAUGCCGUGGGUGCAGCCGGGGCGAAAAUCACGCUUUUGAUGGUGUUCGUGGCUGGUGUGUUUUGGUCCGCGCCGCUGGCGCUCAUGACCGCGGAACUGUCCUCGGCAUUACCAGAAAACGGAGGACACAUUUUGUGGAUCGAUAAAGCGUUCGGGCCGUUUUGGUCGUUUUUGAACGGGCACUGGUCGUUGAUUUCGGGAGUCUUUGAAGGCGGCUUGUUCGCGGUUUUGUUUUUGGACUACCUCGAACCGGCGUUUGGGCAAGCGAGGGAGAAGAUGUAUAACGAUCAGUUGAGGGUGCCGUUUGGGCUCGUGUUGAUGGGUUUGGUCGUUGCGAUAAAUAUGUACGGGAUGGAGAUGGUAGCGAAUGCGAGCGUGUUGUUUGCGGUGGCGAGUUUAGGACCGUUCAUCGCGUUGGUGGUGAUUGGAUUCCCCAAGUUGGAUUUCGAAGCGUGUUUCGGGAAGGAUACAAUCGUGCCGCAACAUGAAAUGUCCGACGGGUCGUUCGGACCGGAUUGGCACACAUUUUUGAUUAUUUUGUUAUGGUCGACCGCGGGGUACGAUUUGUUGGGAAGUUGCGCCGGGGAAGUUAAAAAUCCGAGCAAAACGUUCGUGAGAGCGAUGUUUACCGCCAUGGGAUUGGCGCUGUUGAUUGAUUUUUUGAGCAUUUCGGUCGGGUACUCCGUAUUGGCAGACCCGACGAAAUGGGAAGACGGAACGUUUACGGAGGUGGCAAAACUCGUUGGCGGGUCGGCUUUGGAGUUGGUGUUUUUAAUCGGAGCGGCGAUUAGUACGGUUGGUUUGCUCUGCACGCUGUUGUCGACGACGAGUCGCAUCACGUACGGCAUGGCGGUGGUGGGAACCUUACCGAAAAUCUUCGCUAAAGUCGACCCAAAGAACAAUAAUCCGUACGCGGCGAUGAUCAUGAACGCAGUUCUAAUGACAAUGUUGUUUCUAGUUCCGUUUGAGGUUCUCGCGGAGUUGGAGAUGUGGUUUUACUGCGCGACGACGGUGAUGAAAUUCGCCGCGUUGUUGAAACUGAGAGAAGUCGCGCCCGCGAUGAAGAGGCCUUACAGAGUACCUCUAGACGGUAUAUGGCUUCACUUAUACUGCGCGCCACCUUUGGUGUGUUGUUUCAUCGUCAUGUUCUUUGCCAAGAAAGUCACCAUCGUUGUCGGCUUAAUAGGCGUCGCUUUCAGCGUGAUCAUGUAUUACGUCUCCUUGGCCGUCGUCGGUUCGCACACGAAGUUGAUUCGGUACGACUUGAUCGAAGAGUUGUAG